AUGUUUGACGAAGAAGGGAACAGGAGCAUGGAUGGGAUCUGGACCCUGGUUCUGUGUUUGGGAGUUGUGUGUUUUGCUGUGCCUGGCUCGACUCAGGAUCCAAACAGGACAGUGUUUCUGAUCUCAGGUCCGGAGGUGUUGCAUGCUGGGACACCCACUCCGCUGGCUGUCACCGUUUUUGCGGACUUCUCCGGCAGGGUGACGGCUGAACUGGCACAUGGCAAAACCAGCGUAGGCCAAACGGAGGAUUUCCAAGGAGGGUUGACCAGGGUCCUCACACUCCCUCCUGUUCCCGGCUCCGUGACGCAGAAUUCUCUCUUUAACUUGACGGUGAGAGGCUAUAAGGGCGACAGUCUGAUUUUCUCCAACACCACCACCCUCAGCUUCAACCGCAAGAAUGUCUCCUCCGUCAUCCAAACGGACAGAUCACGCUGCCAGCCAGGCGAUACCAUCAGAGUCAGAGUUGUGUCUGUCCAGUUGGAUAACCAUCCAUACAAAGGCAGAGUGGAUAUCUCUGUACGGGAUCCCAGUGGGAAUGUUGUGGACAGGUGGGAGUCCACAGGGAAUCUGGGGAUUGUUUUGCGGGAAUUCAGUUUAUCCCAGUCAGCUCCUCUUGGAGAGUGGGCGAUUGCAACAACAGUGCACGGCGUGAACCAUGAGAAAACAUUCACUGUGGAGCAUCAUGAGGGUCCUCAGUUUGAAGUGUUGGUCAAGACGCCUUCACGGGUCCUUGUUGGAGGGGACAUCUCUGGAUCAGUGAGAGCACUUUUCCCCAGUGGACAACCUGUACGGGGAACAUUAGCUGUCUCAGUCACUCUGACACCAGAUGUGUAUAAUGCAGCUUCUCCGCACGUGCUAACACAAACCAAAGAGAUCUAUGGGUCAACACAGUUUUUCUUCAGCAAAGAUCAACUCCAAGCCCCACACACUUCAUCAGGAAUGAGCAGCGUACAUGUUGCUGCCUGUGUUACCAUCAGCUCUACUGGAGUUAAAGUCAACAAAACAGUUGAAGUCCACCUUCUUCAGAACACAUACCAGCUUAUGUUCCAUGAUUUCCCGACAUCACUUAGACCAUCCUUACACUUCUCUACAAAACUCAGGAUCUCUAGAUACGACAGGAGGCCUCUGAGCUCACAGGAUCUCAUGUACUCGGCUGUGGUUGAGGUCACACAGAGAAAGUCCGCGAUGAACACCGAACCCACAACCCUGACAGUCCCGGUGCUCGAGGACGGGAACGUCCACAUUAAGUUUAAAUUGCAGGAUCAAGUGGAGAUGCUUUUUAUGCGGGCCAGAUUCCAAUCCAGUGAGGAGACUCUGAGUGUGUACAACAACUACUCCUCCCCUAGUGGCUCAUAUAUUCAGAUCUCCCCAAUCGAUACCUUACCUGCACAGAUUGGAUUGCCUCUUCAAAUAGAUGUGGAGAGCACCUUUAAACCAACUGCGCUUCACUUUGUGGUGAGCUCUCGAGGUCAGGUCGUGGCCGCUGGAACAAAGAAUUCCUCCCCUUUUCCUCUGACCCCAACACUGUCCUGGUCCCCUGAGGCCUUUGUCACUGUCUACUGCAUCCUCUCGAAUGGAGAGGUCACCAGUGACACGGCGCACAUACCCAUCAAUCAACACAGCGAUCUAUCGCUAAAGUGGAGCAGUGACGAGGCGCAGCCAGGUGAACAGGUAUCACUCACUGUGACUACCCUUGAGCCCAGGUCCCAUGUGGGAAUUGCGGUAAUGGGGGCGCAUGAUGACGGCACUCCAGAGGAUGACCAGGACUUAAAAGUGAAGCAGCAGGAAUGUCACAUUAGGAUUCUGACCAAUGCCAGACUGUAUCAGAAAAAGCAGCCUGAUGGACCAAAAAAUGGAAAUGUCCUAUCGGUGGAGAAGUACUGGAGCCAGUGGACGGCUGCUGCUGAAACCUUGCUGUGGUUAGACACUAAUGUGAGUGAUAACACUUGGACGAGUGGGACAAUAACAGUGCCAGACGGUGUUACUUCUUUGAGAGCUGUAGCACUGGUAAUGUCAGACAACCUGGGUUUGGGCUUCACUCCGGUGCCACUGAAGCUGACUGUAUCCAAAGAUUUCUCAUUGUCUCUGAAUGUCCCAUCGUACCUCAUCAGGGGAGAGGAGAUUGUGCUAGAGGUGAACAUCAUCAACCAUUUAGAUCAGGACAUAGAGGUGAUCAUGCUGCUCGCACAGAGCAAGGCCUUUGAGUUUGUUUUGGGAGACAGAGGGGAUGUCUCUGUGGUAAAUGCCCAAAAACUCACCUUAGGGAGUCAUGCCUCUACUUCAGCCCUGUUCCCUAUAAGGCCUGUAGCUCUGGGUGUGAUGGAAAUAUCCGUUGACGCCGUAUGUGCUGAGGCCUCAGACAGCAUAGUCCGGAAAGUGCUUGUGAAGCCUGAGGGCGUGGAGCGGUUCUUCUCAGAGACUCUGUUUCUGGAGCUGGAGCCAGAGAAGCAGAGCAACACCAGAUCCCUCUCCUUCUCCUUCCCACCAGAUACGGUACUGGGCAGUCAGAGGGCCCAUGUGGCGCUGGUUGGCGACAUCUUGGCCUUGUCCUUCAACUUGGAUUCGCUGGUUCAGAUGCCUCUUGGCUGUGGGGAGCAGAACAUGAUCCACUUUGCUCCAAGUGUUUAUGUUCUCCAGUACCUGGAAAAGUCAAACCUGGAAAAUAAGGAGAUCAGGAGCAGGGCUCUGGGUGUUAUGAAUGAGGGAUAUCGGAGACAACUGUCCUACCAACGAGACGAUGGGUCCUUCAGUGCUUUUGGAGCCAGCGACACCUCUGGGAGCACGUGGCUGACGGCCUUUGUGCUGCGGUGCUUCCUCCAGGCUCAGCCCUACAUGCAGAUAGAUUACAGUGUCCUGACCAGAGCCAUGGCUUGGCUCUUGAAACAGCAGGGGCCUCAGGGAGAGUUCAGUGAGGUCGGCAGGUUGAUCCACACUGAGAUGCAGGGAGGACUGGAUAAUGGCCCAGUGGCACUCACUGCCUAUGUGCUGAUUGCACUGCUGGAGGACGAGACCUAUUCGGACACGUACCCAGGCAAUGUGUCCCUGGCCCAGACGUACCUGGAGAGUCAAGUGACCGGCGGGGUGGCCAGUAACUACAGCCUGUGUCUGGUGGCAUAUGCUUUGGUUCUGGCCAACAGUCGUAUGGCUGACACUGCCCUGUCUGAGCUCAUCAGGCGAGCUGACAACACAGAUGGAGUCAUGAUGUGGAGAUCCUCUGAUGGGCUGAAGUCACAUGACUGGCAGCCGCGCUCAGUGCAGAUCGAAAUGGCCUCCUACGUGCUGCUGGCUUUCUUUAGGCGUGGCACCCUUAUUGAGGGCAUUGCAAUUCUAAAGUGGUUAAGUAAGCAGAGAAAUCAUCUGGGAAGUUACAGGACAACACAGGACACAGUGGUUGCCCUCCAGGCUGUGUCUUACUACGCUGCAUUCGGUGGCGCAAACGCCAUUGACCUCAGGCUUAAUGUGUCUGCUCCAGCGUCUUCGUUUGUGUCUCUGUUUAGUGUCAACUCCACUAACUAUCGGAUGUAUCAAAGCCAAGAGCUUAAUGCUGACAAAGAUAUACACUUGAAUAUAUACCUGGAAGGAAGAGGAUUUGCAUUAUUUCAGAUGAAUAUCUUUUACAACGUGGAGAGCACAGCAUUGUCACAGAGCCACCGGCACAGCUCAGACGAGGAGGCUUUUUUAUUGGAUGUCAGUGUUACUGAAGAAGGAAACCACAAUCACAUGCUGCUGUCUAUAUGCAUGAGAUUAAAGGACAGUCAGAUACAGUCUCAUACAGGUAUGGCUAUAUUGGACGUGGGCAUGCUCAGUGGUUUCAGCCUGUCUCCUGGAGCCGCUGCCCCAACAGAUCUUAUCAGGAAGGUGGAGAUACUGCCUGAGAAAGUAAUCCUGUACCUGGAUUCACUUACCAAGUCAGAGGUUUGCAUCGGACUUCCCGUCGUCAGAGACUAUAAAGUGGCCCAUGUACAGGAUGCUGUGGUGCAGGUUUAUGACUACUACGAAUCAGUGAGAAAAGCAAUAAGAACAUACAACUCAGAUUUUCUCCACAACAUGGACUCCUGCUUCUUCUGUGGUGGAAAUUGUGAUCUCUGCAGACCAGGCAUCACCAUCACAGUUUCCUCAGCCCUCUUGUCUCACUCGGUGAACAGCGCCACCUACAGCUUGAGUUGCAUAUUUCUUGGAGUCACUGCUUUUUUUCUGUAGUCUGAUUUUACCGAAUGUUUUUUAAAAUUAUUGAAGCAAUGAAUAUACAGUGAGAGGCAUUGUUUUAAUACAGUUUGUAUACAUUGAUAUGCACUGGAUGCAAUUUAAAAAUUCUAGACAAUAAUUAUUAUUUCUUGUCAAGUGAUUGUAACAUUUAGAGAACUGUUUGUAUUCUGCACUUUUUCCUUAGUGCACACUUUCCUUCUACUAUUUACAAUGUGUUUUGUUUUGUAUUGUUUUUGAAAUUACUGUCUUUGGAAACCUACCUAUACAUUUCAUUUCGGCCAUACCGUGUAUAUAUUUUUCUGGCUCAGUACAUUAGAAAACAAAUAAAAGAAUUUCUUUACUCAC